AUGACCGACGGCCUACUUAUCCGUUCAGGCUGUCGCAUCGCUCGAAGCCGCGAAGGUAUCGAGUCCUCUCUAUCCUAUGAACCCGUCUAUGAACUCGUUCUGAUGCAUAGGACAAACCGCAAAAGAUGGCCGCUGGUUCUCCGCUUCAUCAAGGGAGCUAUACACGGAGCCAUCCUCGUCCCUGUAGUGUGCCAUGCCCUGUUCACCGUCCUGGUCGUCUUCCUCGAUAAACAUGUAUUUGAUACCGUGGGCGUCCCACCGACGAUCAUCCCCUCCCUCUCUAUCGUCGUCGGUCUCAUCCUCGUCUUCCGCAAUCAAACGUCCUACAAUCGCUUCUGGGAUGGCAGAAACAGCCUGACUGCCAUCACCACGUCGAUGCGCAAUCUCAUCCGUACAAUCCUCGUUAGCUCUCGCAACUCCAACGGACCCCUCACAGAUGCUGAAAAGCAGGAUAUCGAAAGGACGAUACGUCUACUUGUUGCCUUCCCUUACGCCGUCAAGUGCUAUCUGCGUGCCGAAUGGAGCACAGAAUGGGGUUCCAUCUCGAACCCGAACAUGAUAGCAGAGGUCGUCCACAGGGAAGAGUCUGGAGGCCCCAAGCAGGAGUUCCUUAGCUUGUUGCCCGCUGGAUUUCAAGCACACGAGGCUGAUGGACUGGGGUUGCCGCUUCAAUUGACCUUUCCCAUCGAGGCCUUCAUCCAUCGUGGUGUUAAGAGAGGCUGGUACGAUCCUCCCAGUGCCAACCAGAUGGGUAACCAGAUCAGCGCGAUGAUUGAUGCAUACGGAAAGAUGGAGACUAUCAAACUGACCCCAAUUCCCGUUGCUCACCUGAUCCACCAAAAGCAAGUACUGGCUCUGUUCGGCUGUGUUCUGCCCUUUGCCAUGGUAGAUGACAUGGGCUGGUGGGCUGUACCGAUUGUCUGCUUGGUUAUAUUCACUCUCUACGGUAUUGAGGGAAUUGGCUCUCAGCUCGAAGACCCCUUUGGCUAUGACAAGAAUGAUAUCAAGAUGGAUGCCAUUGUUGAAGACGAAAGGGUUGAAAUUGAAGCCAUCCUUAAUGAGUGGAAGAAGCUGAAUGACCCUCAUGCUGAUGACGAUGAUACAGUGACUAACGGUGCCAGAAAUGGUACUCACAAUGGUACUCACAACGGGACUCGCAAUGGCACUAAUGGCACCCAUAACGGAACUAACAAUGGAGUCAGCAACGGGGUUAGCAAUGGGGUUAGCAACGGGAAUGUUUCUCGUAGAGAGAUGUUUAUUCGAACCUAG